GGUCCUAUUCGCUUCUAAGCCUCUUUCCCAGCGGAUUUUGUUCGGACCGCCGAUUCGUAUUAGCAGGUAAAAAGGUCUCAUGGUAUUUCUAAUAGAGAAGUUUUUGCAUAAUUUCUUGACAAGUGGACAAAAUGGAAAUACUUGAUGCAAGCAGUGCAGUACUCUGCAACUUUGAGGUAUAUGAGCUCCUGCAAGAUGUAAAGAAACAAUCGUCUGGUAAGAAGAAGAAAAGUCAACAGAAGAAUUUGGCCACUAUUACAUAUGAGACGCUGAGGUUCUUGGAGAGCACUCCAUGCAAGUACCAGUCUGAGCGCUGCAUACGCGAGUUCCUGCUGGCCCUGACCAAGUUCCAGCUGACCAAGUCGGAGAAGCUGCAGCUGCUCAACACGCGGCCUACCUCCGCCGUGGAGAUUCAGCUGAUUAUCGAGGAGUCCGAGGAGCGUCUCAAGGACGAGGAGGUGGAGGAGAUCCUGAACCUGGUGAAGACGCUGCUGCCCGGUCCGCCAGAGGAGGCCGCCGCCGACGGAGCGGAAGACACGUGAGCCGCGGCAGUUGGUCUGGGUGCGCGGGAAGGGGGGGGGGGGUCAUUGGCACACCGACAGUGUCUGGGGAUCUCACCACGUUGGUCUAUGGGUUGGUCUAUGAGUGUUCUUGUUAUUGGUCAACAUGCUGUUGAGCUGUGAUGCUGUUUUAUAAAGAUGUCUACAUUGCUGUCUG